CAGGAGCAGUGGGUGAGAGUAAUAAAAAAGCUUGAUACGGAUAGAUAUUAGACUCCACAAGGACAUCUCCGAAUAUGAGUGAGGCAUUUCACCAGUUCAUCAUGGGAUUGCGUGAGUUUAUAAAGGAGUACUUUCUUGGUUUCUGGGAUUAUGAGACACCAAAGAUAAUGGUGGUUAAAAACAGAACUCUUGGAGUCAUUUACAGAAGCGUUCAGUUUCUUGUGAUCACUUAUUUCAUCUGGUAUGUCUUUAUGAGUCAGAAAGCAUACCAAGAGAGUGAAACUCGUCCAGAAAGCUCCGUUUACACUCGCAUGAAAGGCACAGCAGUUCUUGGAGAUGAUAUUCUGGACACUGUGGAGUACGCUCGGCCCUCAGAGGGUGGUGAUGUGAUUAGUACAAUAUUGAGACGAGAAGUUACAUAUGAUCAGAGACAAGGGACCUGCGCCGAGUAUUUCCAAGUUCCCAGUGCCAACUGUACAAAAGAUUCUGACUGUGUCCAAGGAGAGGUUGACUUUGCUGGCCAUGGCAGAAGGACGGGCAGAUGUGUCCAGUACUAUAACCACACAUUCAAAACCUGUGAGAUCCAAACUUGGUGUCCCAUUGAGGAGUAUGCUGUAGUACGUGAACCAGAAAUAAGGGAGGCAAUCAACUUCACAGUGUUCAUCAGGAACUCCAUUCACUUUCCCAAAUUUAAAGUGCUGAGAGGAAAUAUCAAAGAUGCCUCGAAUAGGCGUGACAUGCAGAAAUACCUCACUAAGUGUCAUUAUGAUGAGGAGAAGGAGCCCUACUGUCCAAACUUUCGCCUCGGCUACAUCGCAAAUAAAGCUAAUGAGAACGUCACUGAUCUCUACAGGACCGGAGGAGUGAUUGGAGUUUUCAUUAACUGGAAGUGUAACCUGGACCUGGAUCCUUCACACUGUAAACCUACGUAUUCCUUUCGUCGGCUUGAUCUCCGAAAGAAUCAGACCAGCUCUGGAUACUAUUACAGAUUUGCCAAAUAUUACAGUAAGAAUGGGGUGGAGUCUCGGACACUUAUCAAGGCCUUCGGCAUUCGUCUGGAUGUCAUUGUUCACGGACAUGCGGGAAAAUUCAGUCCCAUCCCAACCAUCAUCAGCACAGUGACUGCUAUGACAUCCGUUGCGAUUUGUACCAUUAUCUGUGACUGGAUUAUGCUGACGUUUAUUGACAAGAACGAAGUCUACAGUGAGAGAAAGUUUGAUGAAGUUAUCAAUGAGCCCACAGUGCCCACAGAGCUCAGCUACAUCAACAGUUUCGGCUCAAACCACUCUGACCUCUCUGAUGGCGUACCACUGUGAUGUCAUCGCAGCGUGUGCACUCUCCUAAAACCACCUUACUGGGGCAACAACAGCACGUGAUUUCUCAGGCUUCUGCAACAGCUCCGAGAUGGACUUUCAUUGGCUGCUAUGCUGCCUACAGUGGGGACAUACUGACAGAGAUCCACAGUGGCCGAGGUCACUGUAUGAAAGAAAAACAGCUGGUUCUCUCCAAGGCUCUGUGCAGUGGGUUCAUUUAUCAUCUCAAACUUUGAUGGACCUCCACUGUUGGACAGUGUCAUUUAACCUGCUUCUUAGACGACAAUAACACCACUUGGAGGACGUGUUUAUUUUUUCUCAAUAUGAAAAGAAAACAAAUAGUAUUUCAUAACACUAAAAUAUUUGAGUGCUCAGUCAUGAGAAACAGAUUCACAAACCAUACGGAUCAUGUUCAUGUAUUGCAGACAUUCAAACCAACAAUAAAAUCCAACUUG